AAUAUUAUUAUUUACUUUGCCCGAAUGAAGGUAACUUGGCAUCGAUUACUUUCGACUUCGGAAAAUAUGGCGCUGUAGGUACUGAGCCCUUUUUUUGUCGAGCACCGGUCUAUGCAGCAAUGUGUUAGCAGACCGGCCCGGUACGCAAGAUACCUGGCGAUCGUCAGAAAUUGUUCACGUUUUCAGGUUUGGGCCUCCAAAGCCCCAGCAUCCAGGAUGAGUGACCAAGCAGUCAAAAGGAUAGUGAGUGAGAUCAUCCGGUCUCCGGAAGACAAGCGUGUCUACCGGGGGUUGGAGUUCACCAAUGGGCUCAGGGCCAUGCUCAUUAGUGACCCCACAACAGACAAGUCUUCAGCAGCGCUAGACGUGCAUAUAGGUUCGUUGUCUGACCCUUCCAACAUCUCUGGUGUGGCCCAUUUCUGUGAGCACAUGCUGUUUCUGGGCACUGAGAAGUACCCCAAAGAGAAUGAGUACAGCCAGUUCCUGAGCGAACACGCUGGCAGUUCCAAUGCCUUUACCAGCGGGGAGCACACCAACUACUAUUUCGAUGUGUCCCACGAGCACCUGCAGGGGGCGCUAGACCGGUUUUCCCAGUUUUUUCUGUGUCCCCUGUUUGAUGAGAGCUGCAAGGACAGAGAAGUGAAUGCUGUGGACUCGGAACAUGAGAAGAACCUGAUGAACGACGCCUGGAGGCUCUUUCAGCUGGAGAAGGCUACAGGCAAUCCCAGCCACCCUUUCAGUAAAUUUGGAACAGGUAAUAAAUUAACCCUGGAAACCAGGCCCUCUAAAGAAGGCAUAGACAUUCGGCAGGAGCUCCUUAAGUUCCACUCCACGUACUACUCCUCAAACCUCAUGGCCCUGUGUGUGCUUGGCAGAGAGUCCCUGGAUGAGUUGACCAGCAUGGUAGUGAAGCUGUUUGCAGAAGUAGAGAAUAAAAGCGUCCCUGUCCCAGAAUUUCCAGAGCACCCUUUCCAAGAGGAGCACCUAAGGCAAUUUUAUAAGGUGGUGCCCAUUAAGGAUAUACGCAAUCUGUACGUCACCUUUCCCAUCCCAGACCUUCAGAAAUAUUACAAGUCCAACCCUGGGCACUACCUUGGUCACCUCAUUGGACACGAGGGGCCUGGGAGCCUGCUCUCAGAGCUGAAAGCCAAAGGCUGGGUGAAUACACUCGUAGGAGGUCAGAAGGAGGGAGCGAAGGGCUUCAUGUUCUUUAUCAUCAAUGUGGAUCUGACUGAAGAGGGCCUUUUGCACGUUGAGGAUAUCAUUCUCCACAUGUUCCAGUACAUUCAGAAGCUUCGCACUGAAGGUCCACAGGAAUGGGUUUUCCAGGAGUGCAAGGAUUUGAAUACAGUGGCCUUCAGGUUCAAAGAUAAGGAGAGACCUCGUGGAUACACUUCUAAAAUCGCUGGUUUGUUGCAUUAUUACCCCUUGGAGGAGGUGCUGGCAGCGGAGUACCUGCUGGAGGACUUCAGGCCGGACCUGAUCGACAUGGUGCUGGACAAACUGAGGCCAGAGAACGUCAGAGUGGCAGUAGUGUCUAAAUCCUUUGAAGGACAAACUGAUAAAACAGAAGAAUGGUACGGGACACAGUACAAACAGGAAGCCAUCUCUGAUGAGGUUAUAAAGAAAUGGCAAAAUGCAGACUUGAAUGGAAAGUUCAAACUCCCCAUGAAAAAUGAGUUUAUACCUACAAAUUUUGAAAUCUAUCCCCUGGAAAAAGAUGCUCCAUCAUAUCCCACACUGAUAAAGGAUACUGCCAUGAGUAAAGUGUGGUUCAAACAGGACGACAAAUUUUUCCUUCCAAAAGCCUGCCUCAACUUUGAGUUUUUCAGUCGCUACCUUUACGCAGACCCUGUCCAUUGCAACAUGACUUACCUGUUUCUCAGGUUAUUGAAGGAUGAUUUAAAAGAGUAUACAUAUGCAGCUCGCCUCUCAGGUUUGGUCUAUGCCGUAGCGUCAGGAAUGAAUGCACUCCUUCUGUCCGUGAAGGGCUACAACGACAAGCAGCACAUCUUGCUGAAGAAGAUCAUUGAGAAAAUGGCCACCUUCGAGAUCGAUGAGAAACGGUUUGACAUCAUCAAAGAAGCAUACAUGCGGUCGCUGAACAAUUUCCGUGCUGAGCAGCCUCACCAGCAUGCCAUGUACUACCUGCGGCUGUUAAUGACUGAGGUGGCCUGGACCAAAGAUGAACUGAAGGAGGCACUAGAUGAUGUCACUCUCCCUCGCCUCAAGGCCUUUAUACCUCAGCUGUUGUCACGGUUACACAUUGAAGCGCUUCUCCAUGGAAAUAUAACAAAACAGUCUGCCUUAGGCAUGAUGCAGAUGGUUGAGGAUACUCUUAUUGAACACGCUCACACCAAGCCUCUCCUGCCCAGCCAACUUAUUCGUUACAGAGAGGUUCAGGUUCCGGACAGAGGAUGGUAUGUGUAUCAGCAGAGGAAUGAAGUACACAACAACUGUGGCAUUGAGAUCUACUACCAGACAGACAUGCAGAACACCCAAGAGAACAUGCUGCUGGAGCUCUUCUGCCAGAUCAUCUCUGAGCCCUGCUUCAACACCCUGCGUACCAAGGAGCAGCUGGGCUACAUCGUAUUCAGUGGGCCCCGAAGAGCCAACGGUGUCCAGGGGCUGCGCUUCAUUAUCCAGUCAGAAAAGGCGCCCCACUACCUGGAGAGCCGUGUGGAGGCCUUCCUGAGGACCAUGGAGAAGAGUCUGGAGGAGAUGAGCGAGGAGGCAUUCCAGAAACACAUCCAGGCCCUGGCCAUCCGCCGGCUCGACAAGCCCAAGAAACUGGCAGCUGAGUGUGCCAAGUACUGGGGAGAGAUCAUUUCACAACAGUACAACUUUGACAGAGAUAACAUUGAAGUUGCAUAUCUGAAGACACUGACAAAAGAAAACAUAAUGCAGUUUUACAGGGACCUGCUUUCAGUGGAUGCUCCCAAAAGACACAAGGUGUCUGUGCACGUGCUGUCGAGGGAAAUGGAUUCUUGCCCGGUGGUUGGUGAAUUUCCGUGCCAAAAUGAUGUCAAUCUGGCUCCAGCGCCUUCCCUGCCACAGCCUAUCCUGGUGCAGGACAUGACGGAGUUCAAGCGCAGCCUGCCCUUGUUUCCUCUGGCCAAACCGCACAUCAACUUCAUGGCAGCGAAACUGUGAGUGGAGCCCACCUGCUGGCUGGAGUCCAGGCCUGUGACAUGGGAGCUAGAAUAAUGAAUAAUCUGUCUUUCAGUGUGUGUGGGUGGGGUACUCUAUAUAUGUGUGUGAUUUACAGCUAGCCGUGUUCAUUAUCAUAGCUCUUUGAAAAAUUGCAAAUCAUCCCUUUUUUUAAAGUAUUCUUUAAGUAGGAUGUUAUACAAUUUUUACAAAACGGAAAGCCUGGAAAAAGAUUGAUCACAUAAAUCCUAGAUGAGAAAUUUUUGGAGUGUUAAACACCUGUGAUAUGAAAAGCUGCUUAGGUGAAAAAUAUUAAUUGAUUUUCAGUGAAGGUAUUGUGAGCUUUGGAGGUAUGGCCAGAGUUAGUGCGUUAUUUUUUUCAGAGAAGUGCAGAGUCCUGAUUUUUUUUUCUUUCAUAUGAAUAACGCAAAAAGGGGAAACGGUAAUUGAAGAUUUAUCACUCUGAGCCACUUUUUUUUUUAAUAGAUCAAGAAUUCCUGCAACACACUAAUGUAGAAAGAAAUAUUUCCGUAUUGAUUGAACAUCAGCCUUAUAUGAAAAACUAUAUUAUUGCGUUUUAAUCUUUAUAGAAGUUUGGGAAAUUGACAGUUUUGAAAUUGACAGUUUUUAUUUAAACUAGUAAAAUGUUGGGACCAUUAGAGCAGCUUGAUUUUAAACUGAAACCGCGAUGACCGAGGUAACCGCAUGAACUUUUACUUCACCUUUGUUUUUAACUAAAGCUUUUUACAGAUAUUGUCGAAGCAUCUUCUCAGGGCUACUCUAAUUUGGUUUCACUUUUAUUAAAAAUUAAUGUAAGCCACUUUUGAAAUCUUCUACAAGGUAUCUCAUCUUUUCGGUUUGUUUAUGUGAGUGGUGGUGGGGAGGGGGAGUUUCAGGAAUUUCACUGUUUUCCUUGAAAUAAAUGUACAUGUUUUGAGCCCUGCAUGACACGGAGACACGGAGUUGGUUUCAGAAGCGCUGCUGGCUCCCAGUCUUGGUAAUCCUAGACAGUCCAGUCCUCCUGGACACUGCUCUCAGCCAGAGGCUGCUUCUUUCUGCCUCUGUCCUGGAGUGAAGCCUGCGGCUGCUCUUUCCAGUGAGCUCAAUCUUUUUUAUCCAAUCCUUUGAUUAAACUAAUGAUAAAGUUAAUUAGGCCUUUCCAUUUCAGUGCUUAUACAGUGGGAGAUUACACUGAACUAACUUUUCUGGAGCAGAAAAGUAAAUGUAUAGUUAAUUGAAGCUUUCAGUUAAGUAACUGAGAGCUCAACUCAAAGAAAGCUGCUGUGCACUUCAGGACCAAGAGUGAGAGAACCCCAUUUUUUAUAGAGCUGCAGUGCAGAACCAGUGCAAUGGGAUAUUGGAUGCUUUAAACCUUUAUUAGUAUUAUGUGGCUUCCUUUUUCCAAAACGUGCAUAGCUGUGCAUUUUGUUAAAGGGUACAACCACAGUGCCCCAGCCCCAACUUACUACUCCACCCUGCUCGAAAAGUGGGAACAGCCUGAAAGACUGGAGAAACUAAAUUCUGAUCUCAUCUCCUCAUCUUAAAAUUAAUUUAACAGCACAAAAUUUAGUUUUACGUUUUUAAAACUUUUUUUCCUACCCCUUCACACUUUCAGUGUUAUUUUAAACAUAAUCUGUUUAAAGUGACUCAAAGUGGCUGUUUUAGGUUACUUCAAAGAGACUGUUCAGAGCGACAAUGCUGUGCUUGUACAUAUGCACUCACACUCAAGCAAUAAAGUUAAAACAAAUGCGAAGUGCAGUCAAAAAAGUCAAACUUUUGAAAGAUCUGUUUGCAUUGCACUUUAAAAACGUUUUCUCAGAAUCUGCCAAGUUAGCGCUUAGAGAAAUCAUCCGUGUUAAUUUUUUUUAUUAAAAAGAGUAUCUUGUCUAAUGCUUUAACGAUCUUCACAUGAAGUUAUUUAAGAUUAGAGAAGAAUAUAACUAGCCUUGAUGGUUUCAUUGCUGGAUUAUUUGUUCCCACCACUCUGCCAUUAAUCUGCUCAGUCUUCAUUUCUCAGGGCUCGAUGAACAUUUUGAAGCCAAAUUACUCUCAAGAAUCAUUUUCUUAGUAGAAAACAUGCUUGAAUCAAUCUCCUGUAAGUUGUCUCAGGCUAGCUAGAAUCAACUGUUAUGCUGCAUUUUCUAUUAAAAAAAAUGUAUUUUUACAACAUCCUGCAUUCAGAAAUAACGUGUUGUUACUUAACCAGUUGUUUACAACAGUACAAAAAGCUUCUUAAUGUUCCAGCAUUUUACUAUGUUUAACAACUUAAGUAGAAACUCAGGCUUAUCAAUGGAUUCUUGCAUUGAAUCCAAAGGUGCACCGUGUUUGAGUAGUUACACUGUACAGAAAUUCAUUUGUAACCUGUUGUUCACAUCCAUUUCUUGUGAAUAGAAACAUGGAUUUCAUGUGAAAAAUCCAUUGUUUACAUUGAUUUAACAGAAACAAAUAUUCUUGUUGGUUGACUGGUUGUAGAAGCAAGUGCAUGUAACAACCAGUGUUUUAAGAGUGCAGUUAUUUUUUUUUUUGCAGUUUACAAUAAAAUAUGUAAUUACCUCCUA